AUGCCAACGCCGGCUGCCUCUUUGCCUCCCGUCCUGGCAUCAUCUCCAGAGGCGAAGGCGAGUUCCGCUUGGACCACACAGCUGGAACGGGGACACAGGAGCGGUCAUGGCGGCGCAAAGAUGGCUGGAGCGGCAGCAGUACCAUUUCUGAUUGGUGGGGUCGCAGCAUCUGCGAGCCGAAGGAGGCUUCGGCAAAGUGCGAAGAGCAAGCACUGCAAGGUGGUCAUGGCUGUUGGCAGCACAAUAGAGACACUGGAAAAGGAAGAGCUCACCGAUGAAGAGUUGCAGUCGCUUUUUGACGCUGCAUCGGAGGGGAAGGAUGUCGUUACUUUCGACCAAGCUGCAAGCCUGGAGGGCGUGGACGCGGUCCUGGAAGAGGGAGCCGCGAAUGUCGAGGAGCUAAAGGUGAUCUGGGGGGACCCCGACGAGCCACUGGAUUUCGAGGGCUUCAGUCGCUGGUACAACGACGUGCUCAAGCUGUAUGAUUCCUUCCUUUGGCAAGAUGCGGUAGCACCUCCGUCAGAUGUGUUCGAUGACGAAGAGCAGGGUCUCGAGGACAUGAAUAAUUUGGACGACGAGCAGCUUCUCGAGGAUGCCCCUGCUGUCGGAGUGCAAGUGGAGCGAUUGAGCACCUCCGCUCUCAAGCCAAAGCAGAAGAUGAUGUACGGAACUCUGACCGACAAAGUUCCCGAGUACCAGAAGCCUCCAUGGAAACUUGCCGAAGAGAUCAUCACCGGAAAGACCGAUGAUUACUUAGAAGACUACAGCGUCGAAGAUGAAGGGGACAGCCGGAGCACAGAUGGCUUGGCAACCCCGUCUGCUGGUGGAGGAAGGCAGAAUGUUGAAAUUACACAGCUUUUUCGACAGGCCUGCGACGAGAAGAACCUCCUUUCCUUCGAUGCGCUCAAAGAAAUUUCUGAGUUUGAGGACAUGCUCGAGCAAGAGGACAUCUCCGAGGAGGAGCUGGAGGAGAUCUGGGAGGAGCUGCCGAAGAAGAACGGUGACUUCAUCGAUGUGCUGGCCUUCAGGGACUUGCUGGCCAAGGUCGACGAGCUCUUCGAGUAUGUGGAAGAGGACGAGGAGGAGGAACCCGAAGAGCAGGCCAUCAUGCAGGUUGAGGGCAAAGGCGGCAUUUCUAAAGCAAAGAAGCGCGGCUUGCAAACAGUCAAGCAGGAUUUGCUGGAUGCCAUCGCCAGGCUGGAGGCUCAAACGGACAAGCCUGCCGGCUUGGGCUCCACGGAAGAAAAAGACGGCGAAAUCGUGAAGCUCGCUGGUGAGUUGGAAGACGUUUGGCGUGAUCAGGUUGGUGAUCUGAACAAGUUCGACGGCGCUAAGUUUGAAGGCACAUGGGAACUCAUCUAUUCCACGUCAGUGAAGUUCCGAAGAUGGGGAUCCGUCCUCAAUGGCGUUCGGGAGAUCAAGAACGGCGAGUUUGAAGCCCUUGUCCAGAAAUUCAGCCCCGGUGACGAUUCAAAAUAUGAGAGUUUCAAUGAGUACGAUAUGGAGGAAGUCUUCAAGGCUCCAAACGAGGACGGCGAGCAGAUGGAGCUGUGCAUGCGGGGCCAGGGCUCCUGGCGAUUGGGCAUUCAGCAAAAUGUUGUCACCGGUGAAGAGGACGUUGUUCUGAAGCUCGAAAUUACAAAUGUCGAGUACGACACACUCGAGGACACCGUCGAGUACUGUGGAGACAAGACGCUGAUGAGUCCGAUGUGCAGGACUUUCAGCUACGCAUUCCUCAGCUACAUGGACGAUGAGUACAGAGUAAUGAGGACAAGCCUGACGGGGAAGUCUCUCUACAUCUUCCAGAGAAUCAAAGAUGAGGACGAAUGA